CACCCACGCCUAACGUAAAUGGGAGCAAGCCGAUAGGUACCCCUCCGACAUGUGUAUCACUUCCUUUGCUCACACACCACCUCUGAUUACACUACGUCGAUACACCAAUUCUACCCACGCGACCUGCCCGGUAGUUUUCGAACGACGAGAACUAGACAUGUCGGCUCAGAAAGUCACCGUGCCCGGCAAGUCUACCGUUCGAUCCAACCCCCACACUCCGGUACCUUGGAAGCCGAUAGUUGUCUUCUUCGCCGACACACUGAUGGUGCCUUACAAUGUCCAGAGACUGCUGAACCUUCCGGAGCCCCCCAAGCUGCACAAGUGCUCCUGCCAAGGCAUGGAACUCCGCACAAUGGACAACGGCUUCCGGAUCCUCUUCAGGAAGAAGCGCAAAUCACCUGGCAAGGAAACCCGCGGAGUAUUGUAUCGUGUGAUGGAGGAGGCGCACUGGAACAUUCUGGUUGCCCACUACGUUAACUAUGGCGAGGUGGUGACAGAUAUGCCAAUUCCAUUGGCAGUGGCUGAACAAUUUUGCCCCGGAGAAGCAACCGCGAAGGUUUUCAUAGCAAGGGACCUGAAUCCUCCGGUAAAGAGUGAGCCGGUUGAUCUGAACCCGCGUGACGCUGAGGGGGAUACGAAGAUGGGUGGAUGCUAG